AUGAGCAAAUUCACAACUUUCGUUUCCAACGUCUUCUUUUCAGUUCCCACAUUCCUGGUUCCGAUGUUCGGUGUGUCUAGAGAGCAAGUCACCCUCGGCGACAACAUGUGGCAUCUUUUCUGUUGGAACUGUAUACAGGAGCACGCCCUGUCCAGUGAUGAUGAAGCGCACUGUCCCCAUUGUAGGGCUGUGUUCGAGCCAUCACAAGUCGUACCCCUUCUGAAUUUGUGA